AUGACCAACACCACCCGAUCCACACCAGCCCACCAGGGAGAGCUUGCCCGGAGAUUGCGGGUGUGGGAGUGGGCCCUACUGGUGGGACUCCCCCUGCCAUUAGGUUUCCCCCCAACAAUGGACAUCAGCCCUCCGAGGGUCCCAAUCACAAUGAUCUCACACACGGAGAAGAGAAGAAUGCUUUGGAAGUUUGGUUGGGCCGAGCAGAUGCCCCCAACUCUCUCCCUGCCCCUCUCCCAGCUGGAUGAAUGCCCCACCUUCUACCUGCACCCUCUUAACAGCUGCACCAGGCUUGGGAGUGCUGAGAAUCUGAGCCUUUUCCAACUUAAGGAUAUGAGCCUGAGUCAGAUCAAAAAGGUCUUGUUCUCAGAGACCAUCAGGUCACAGCCUCCUGUGGCCCAAGGGGCAGCUUUGUCUGCUUCUUGCUUCAUCACUGACUUUGAGCCUCUGAAAACAUCUCAGGGCAUUGCAAUCAAUGGCCCUUUCCUGCAGCUUUCAAUUAAGGCAGUAAUUGCAUUUGGCAGCAGGGCAGCAAAGGUCGGCGAGAAGUCAAGACUUCUGGGUUGCACUCACCCCCCGACGCUCAGCAUGGUGGUUGAAGCCUUGAGGGCAAACCGUGAAAGGCAGGGCACCUCUGUGGCAGCCAUCAAAAGCUAUAUCCUCCUCAAGUAUCCAGCUGUUGACCAGAUAAGACUCAAAUACCUGCUGAAGCUUGCUCUGGCAAAGGGCAUCGAUCAUGGCAUCCUUGUGAGGCCACCCAAUUCAACUGCAAAGGGAGCGACGGGGCGAUUCCAAUUAGGGCCAAAGGGUCAGACCAACAAAACAUCCACGGGUACCAAGCCCCAAAGGAAGAUCCCUAAACCAGACAAGACUGUGGCCAAGUCCAAAACCAAAGAAGCUACACCAAAAGCAGAAAGCAAAGAUACGGAAGACGUGAAAGUCAAACCCAAGGCCAAGAAACCAAAGGCGAAAUCCACAAAUGGCCAGAGCAAAUCUGCUGCUACAAAGAGCUCUGAAGGGAAAGUGGGAAAGAAGACCAAACUCAAGGAUGCCACAGAGAAAAAGAGCUCAAGGAAAGAAGCCAAAGCUGCCAUGAGAGAAAAGGAGCCCGUAGGCCAAAAGAAGGCUUCUCUGCCCCCCAAAGCAAAGAAGGCCAAAGGGGUGAGCAUCACAGUCCAAAAGCCCAAGGGAGCUAAGGGUGCUGAAGGGAAGGGGAUAACCAAGGUCAAGGCAGUUCCUCAGGUCUCCAGGACUCCAGGGACCAAGAGUCGGCCAGCCAAUGGAUCCAAGACUCCUGUUGUUUCCAAACCCAAAGAGCUGACAGCACCAAAUGGGCAGCCUAAAGAUAAAAGGAAGAAGACUGAAGCUAAAAAAGGGCCUAGAAAAGCUGGCCCAAAUUUGAAAGGCCCUUUAACUAAGGAUACUAGCAAGCCUGCAAAAUAGAUGUUAGCUAUCCAGAGCCUGGAAGCUGAGGGCAGG